GGCGGGAGGGAAAAAAAUGCAGCUGUCCGACUGCGCAUCCCCGGGACUGAACAGGGAAAUGCUGCGCAAGUGUCCCGGCUGAAAGACGGAGCCGAUCAAAACCCCGGAGCUCCGGAGCGUUUCUUCCCUCCCUCCCUUCCUGCUCUUCACCGCUCCUGUCAUUCCACAACAUCGGUGCCAAAAGAGGGGGCUUUAAGAAAAAAACAAAAACCAAACAAUAAAAAAAAAUCAUCGCUUCCAACACGAUCACAACCUGCCAGUGAAGUAAAUUUCCUUUACAUUCAUCACGGAUUCUCUCUUAUGCUCCCCAUCUUCUCAAAACUCCCAUCUGCCCCUUGCUCUUUGUGCAUCUUUUAAAGACUUUCAGAUCCCCCACUACCCACACGGGCUCCAUUAACACCCUCGUUGCCAGGACGGCCAUUCAAAGAUUUACCAAACACUCUUUCCUAUUACUUUCCAUACAGAUCUUUCUAUCACCAAAUAUCUACCUUUCCUUUGACUCUGCCUGAAUCCUGAUUCUCUAGUGCUACUUGGCCACUGUUCCCAGAGUGCACACAUGGCCUCUCCCAAGUUGGGCCUGUCAGCCACAACCACCACUUCCUCUUCCUCCUCAUCAUCCUCAGCCUCACUAGGCCCUACACCACACCCUGGAAGCCCCAGUCGGGUACCUGAGGGUCCCCCAAGUCCUGUAACUCCCACCCCAAGCCCAGGAUUAACAUCUGCUUCAGCAACACCCGUAAGGACCCAACUGAGCAUCGCUCUGAUCCUAGAGGAGCUCCGGGUGCUGCAGCAACGGCAGAUCCACCAGAUGCAGAUAACUGAGGAGAUCUGUAGACAGGUGUUACGCCUGGGUGGGGACUCCUACACCAUAGACACACCACCCCAGCAUAUCCUCCCCUCUUUGCCUCAACUCUGUCUGGAAGGUAACAAAAAUACAUCCGGCUCCAUAACCCAGCCAGCAGCACCGCAACCCACUACUUCUUUGGCUCCUCUCUUAUCAUGUUUCUCUUCCCUGCACCCCUCUCAAACAGCCAACAAAACCACACAGCCAGGCACGUCAUUGUCUCAGAUCUUGCAACCUCAUAAAUCACAGUUUGAAGGAACAGGAAAGACUGGUCAGUCAUGGGAAACCUCCCAAUGCUCUUCUUCAUUCACAACAUCCUCUGCAGGUGUCUCUGUGCCUUCUUCCACUUAUGCUUUAGCUCUAUCCUUAGCGCUACCCAAUCGCUACCUACAUGAGAAGUCUUCCAAUACUACAUCCGCAGGUGGGCAGAGUGAUUUGUCCUUUUUAAGCUCAUCCCUUACCACACCUCAGUCUAUAAACCCAAACUCACAGUUGCAAGCUGCCUCUGUCGGCAGCGACUCAUCCACAUCAAGUUCCAACACUGCUAGCCGUCUACAGCACGUAUGUCGCUUUUGUGGAAAAGUGUUCAGCAGUGAUUCUGCUCUGCAGAUACAUCUCCGUUCACACACAGGAGAACGGCCCUAUCAGUGUCCCGUGUGCUUCAGUCGUUUCACAACACGGGGCAAUCUGAAGGUGCACUUCCUUCGUCACCGGGAACAAAAUCCAGAGCUUUCACUUUCACUCCUGCCACCAUCUUUCUUUGGGAUAGCCUUAGGAGCCAGUGGGGGAUCAGAUAUUGGACAAAUCACUGAUAGUUCUGGGAGUACCAGUGGGAUGAAUAUAGCACAAAAAAAGCGAAAAAGUAGGGCGGAGGAUGAAACAUGUGGAGACAACUUGACCAUCAGUGGUAAUAGUAGUGGCAUUUCUAUGGGGACCUCGGGUGAGUCAGCUCCAUCCACUUUGCCCCUACCGCCUAGUGUGGACCUAGCUCUGAUUUCACAUUCUCUCCUGCAGCUUAAUAGGGCUGCUGCUAGUGCUUCCUCUAUCCCAACCUCUUCAUCCUCCACCUCUUCUUUAGCGUCCUCCCUUCUCUCGAACCCUUCUCUGUCUUCAUCGUCUACCAUAGCUGGGUUAUUCAAAGGCGUCAAACAGCAGCGCUUUGAUGAAAACACUCCACCUUAUGCACCUCUGCUAUCCCCUGCUGCUUAUUCCCAACUAGCUCACCUACCAAAGCUCCUUUUCUCACCUGUUUCAACUUGUUCAUCUACCCAAGCUGCCCACUCACCCCUCUACAGCCAUCCAUCACUGAGCUUACUACGCACCCAGCUACCUUCUAUUGCAGGAUCCCAACCACAUGCCUCUUCCAGUCAUUCACAGCUUUCUUUUCCUAUUUCAUCCCUUCCCAAAAAUCCCAGUUCACCCACUACCACCAUUCAGUCCUUUCUGCCCACAUCCAUAGCAACUGCUACUCCCACAUCUGAAACCUCUAAGUUGCAGAGACUAGUCGAGAAGCUAGAGAAGUCCCCUUCACUUUCCUGCACUCCAUGGUUUUCCUCCUCUACUCCAACAUCCAUGUUGGAGAUUUUGUCAAGCCCCACCACUUCGUCUACUGGGAGUUCAUCAAACACCCGCUUCACAAAUGCAGGCAGCUCCAUGACCAAUGUAGUUGCAUCUCCAUCAUCAAACAUCACCACAUCAGUCUCCCAAUUCACCCGUGAGAUGAUUGUUGCUCUUAGAAUGAGUGGCAAUGAAGGAAAUACCAUGACGGGUGGUGUGCUACCAUCACCAAAUGCCGCUAGUUCAACCCAUAACUUGACAACCAAUCAGUGUGGGGUGUGCCUUCGGGUGUUGAGUUGUCCAAGAGCACUGCGGCUGCACCAGGCCACACACCUUGGAGAACGUCCGUUUCCAUGUAAGAUAUGUGGGCGCUCCUUCUCUACCAAAGGCAGCCUGCGGUCACAUCUUGCUACUCAUCAUGCCCGGCCACCCAAUGUCCAAAACUCUUGCCCGUUGUGCCAGCGUAAGUUUACCAAUGCUCUUGUUCUUCAGCACCACAACUCACAGUUCCAAACUCAAACUCUUGGUUCAGCUCCUGUCCCUUCUAGCAAAAAACCAGCUGAGAAAAAUAUUGGUAAUUCACCACCCUCCAGCCCAAAUCAAAUCCCCCCAGCUGACCUCAGCCCCGACCCAGCUAUGGACUCUAACACACAAAGCCCACCACGCAGCUCUGAAGAUCCUCCUGUCCUUUGUGUCAGUGCACCACUAAAGGUCUCCCAAAAGUCAGACUCAGCUUUGCCUCCUAAUGAAGACGACGAAGUCCAACAUCAGGAAUCUAUUGACAUGUUCAUUCCAACAUCUAACCCCUCACCACUUCUCUUUAGUGAUAACAAAACUACAGAGUCACCCCCUUCGAUGAUGAUGGACUCCACAAAGAUGAAAGAAUCACCUAACAUCGAUGCUUUCCUUGAUUCCAAACCAAACCCAGAGGACUUACAAAGCACACCCGUUACUGAUGCUCCUUUUGAUUACACUAGUUCAACCUCUAACCUUAUGUCAACUGAAGAUGUUUGUGAUGCUGGCACAAAGGCAGCUUUGGGAUCACACUCAGACGCCGCAAGGCCACAAUCACCAGAACCCAUGGAGGAAGCCAAAGGCCGAUCUCCUACAAAUGCACCACCAAAACAAGAGCAAGUAACUGUACCUGAGAAAGACCUCAAAAUGACACCCAUGGUGGAGAAUGCAGACCCCAUAUUUGCUGAAGUAAGGGAGGGAUUGCACAAGCAAGUCACAUCUGUCAGAGAGACAGGCCAAAGCUUUCUCUUUGGUUCAUAUGGGAGGGAAGACCAGGCGGAUGCAAGUAAAAUGAGUGGACUGGUUUCAAACGAAGCUCUGGAAGCUUCACUGCCCAUUAGCCUUGCUCCAACCCUCCCAUCUCCAAUGUCCCGUCCUGAAAAGAAAACUUACUGCUGUGCCGAGUGUGGAAAAGAGUACGCCAGUCGCAGUGGAUUAAAGGGACACAUGAAGCACCAUGGGGGUGCAGCCAAACCAUCCCGUCCACCGGCCAGGAGCAGUCGCUCCUCCUCCGACCAGAUUCCUUCGUCUACAUCUUCUGUGUCCUUAAACAUUCCAGCCACCAGGAGCUCAGGGGGCUUUUGGAACCAGUAUCAAGCCUUCCUCAACACCAGUACUCAGUCAGCUGAUGAGCAGAAGGCUGUGGGUCAAGGUGAAAAUAAAUCAGCACAGAAGAAUACUGGAACCUCAGAGGAAGCUGGGGAAGAACCAGACAAAGAUUCAUAACUUAAGACAGACUGUUUGGCUAGAAAAUGUUUUUGGUAUUUCAUUUUAUUGUUUGUCCUUAAGCACAACUCCAUUGCCCUUCACAAAGUAUUGCUUCCACAACACAUUUGAGACAGUUUGAUAAUCAGUGUAAUAUGUUCAUAUGUAAAGUUUGUGAGCCAACCAUCUUGGCUGUCUUUGUGUUACAAAAGACGCAGUAGUCCAAUUAUUUCUGGCUUUGCCAGCAAUUGUCUCGAAGCCUUGAAUUAUGUGAUUCAUAGUACUAAUCAUGAACAUACAAGAAGACCCUGUUCUAGCAUCUUCAUGAAAAGUACUCAAAAAGAGCAAGUUUGCCCAUUUUUACCUUGUUUUUGAAACACUUUGUGACUGUUGUACCAUGUGGUAGCGCUCAUCCAUGUGGCACCAAAGAAGGUUCAGUACCACCAAAAAGAACUGUUUUGGUAAUGCUUCAGGGUUGUUUUUUGUUUUGCCUCCUCACCAUUUUACCAAACGUUUUUGGGCUACCAGGACAUUUCUUACCCAUGAUACAUCAGGUUGUACCCACCUUUCCAUAAUUGUCUGUCAUUUCUUCAUGCUCUAUUGUAGGGAAAUGUGCUUAUUUGAUUACAGUAAUUUUGUUUUUAAUGUUACUGCAGGACGUUACUCACAGUUAUUGGGAUUGAAAACUCAUCUGCCAUCUCAUCUGUCUCAGAAUCACAAGGUCCGAACAAGAUCACUGACCCAAUCAAUGUAACUACUGUGUAACACAAAAUCUUAUGAAAACAACAUGCAGUUGAAUUUCAGUUUAAAGAGCGAUUUAUCUCUCUUACUCGCUAAAAAUAUCUAACUACUGAGAGAAAUAAAGCGUUGUUCCUACAUGAGUUCAAAUUAGUUCUACAUGUACAAAAUAGAAAUAGGAAGAAACAAAAGAAGUUCAUGUUGAUGCAGUUUGGUGAAGGGGAGCUGACCCAGCAAUGGUAAAAAAGAAACAAAAUGAAGAAUUUACUUUGUAAGAGAAUAUAAAGGCAAUACAAUGCAGCGCUAUUGGAAUAAGAAGACUUUUGCUCCUAUUUUUUGUUCAUUUUCUUGUGAGGAGGGGAGCACCGGUUCAUGUCUUGUAGUCUAUUUUUUCUACUGUAUUGUCCUAUUGAAACAAAAGCACAUGUGCUGUUGUGAGCCCAGCGUGGGCGCGGUCUGUCCUGUGAUGUUAGCCCUUCAGCUUGGGGAAUGUUAUUGUUACUGUUGCUGUAUGACCAUGAGUGAGAUCUGUAACACAUUUAAAGCUACUAAACCUACUAAACCUACAUGUUUAUAAGUAUAUAUACAUUAAAAUAUAUGUCAGUUUGUUG